AUGCAAGCGGGCGGCUGUGACUCGUCUGACGAAGACACUGCUGAGGAGGAUCCGACACCGCUCAACAUCUCCUGGUUGUCUUUGUCUCCUGUCUACUUGUCUGAGUUCCUGGGAAUAUCUUCCCUUCCUGGUUGCAGGUUUAAGGAUAUUAGAAGAAAUCUUCAGAAAGAUAUAGAGGAACUAAAGAAGCAUGGGACCCAGGAUAUAUUUGUGCUUUGUACCAGAGGAGAAUUCUUAAGAUACCGAGUACCAAACCUUAUAGAUGCCUAUCAACAGCAUGAGAUCUAUGUGCACCACUAUCCUAUUCCUGAUGGGGAUGUUCCAGACAUUGCCAUGUGCUGCAAAACUCUGGAAGAGCUCAGAAGCUGCCUGGAAAGUAAUCGGAAAACAGUCAUACACUGUUUUGGUGGCCUUGGACGCUCCUGUCUCAUAGCUGCAUGCCUCCUGCUUCAGCUUUCAGAUGCAUUGACACCUGAGCAAGUGAUAGACAACCUCAGAAGCUUGAGAGGAUCCAGGGCGAUACAUACCAUCAAGCAAUACAAUUACGUCCAUGACUUCAGAGAGAAGCUAGCUGCACAUCUGGCACCAAAGGGCGCGGCCUUACGAUCGGCAUCACGGUAA